AUGAUGUGGUUACUGACCUCAAGCCAGACAUCCUGGAAUGUGAAGUCAAAUGGGCCUUACGAACAACAAAGCAACAACAAAGCUAGUGGAGGUGACAGUAUCCCAGCUGAGCUAUUCAAAAUCUUAAAAGACGAUGCAAGUUUAAAUGUUUUUAACAACAUUCAUAUGACUUCCAAAAGGAAAAAUAAGACGGCUUGCCGACUAUUGUCAGCAAGAGACCAUAAAAUUAAACAACUGAAAAGUGAAGCUGCUCUUCUGCAGAAUAAAUUGAAGACCUUUACUACAGAAAAUAAUAUCUUGAAGCGUCUUCAGUCUAGGCAUUUAAAAGCAAUCAAGAAAUACGAACAUGCCGAGAUUAACCUGCCUGAUCUUUUGGCCACACAGUCUACUGAAGCGCGGACUCUGAGAGCACAUCUCAAGCUAUCUCAGGAAGAAGAGCGCAGGGCUUCCAAGAAGCUGAGAGAUGUUCAUGCAGAGCUCUUAAAAACAACAGAUGCCUUGCGGGUAUUGCAGAAACUUUUUGAGUCCAAGAAACUUGAAGAGAGAGAAGAACUUCACCAAAAAUUAACAGCAUUUACCCAAAAAUUGGAAGCCAGUGAAAAGAAAACCCAGGAUUUGGAAAAGCAGCUCUCGUUGAACACUGCUUCUUUUCGUCACCAGUUAGCAGUUGAGAAAAAAAAGAUAAUUGAAGCUCAGUCAAUCACAGCAAAUUUACGAGUAGAAAUCCAGUCGCUGAAGCAAAAACUUAAGGAAAGAGACCGAGAAGUAGGCAUCAGAAAUAUUUAUGCGCACCGGAUGCCAAAAGGUCAUCCAGAGAAAGCCGAUUCAUGUUCUUCUCCAAAAGUUGUUAAAGUCAACAAAGCAAUUCAAGUAAAUAUCAGCCUAAAAGCCACGUCUCUUCGGAAGCCUGAGCCUGAUGUGAGUCCAAUGACUUUCCACGAGGAAUUGAAAACCAACAUGGAGGUGAAAGAAUUAGUUACCAUGGCUAAAACACUUGCUCCAGAAACAGGAAUUCAUCUCUCUGAAAAAUUACCAGUGGACAGCAUUUCAAACAGGACGUUCAUGGGAUUACAAAGUGAAGAUAUCUGGGUAGAAAAAAAUAUCCAGUAUGAAAAUAUAGAAAGAUACAAGAACAGGAGAGAAAGGCAAGGGCUGGAUCUACUUAAAGCAGAGGCUAAGGAAUUGAAGACCGAACCAGUGGAAAAACAGGAAAACAAAGAAGAUAAAGAGGCAAAAGAAGCUGUUUGUGACAUAUUAACUCCAGGAAUAGAAAGGCAUAGAACACCAUCUACCUCUAAAAAACAGUAUGUAUUUUCAGAGGCCAUUCAAAAUUUACAUCAGGGAUAUCCUUCAACGGGUCCAAGGAUAACAUGCAGUAGAAGACCAUGGAACAGGCAACAGAGUGAAAUAGCUGACUUUAUAGGAGAUUCAGUCAACAAUUAUGAGCCCUCAUUUGCCAAAUUUCCCAAGGAAAAACAAAAAGACACCCCUUCAACUCCCACUGAAGAAAACUGUCCCAAGAUAUUGCCGGAAAAGAAAAGGCUUCUUUUGGAAAAACUGUUUGGUCCAAACCGCAUCUUAAGUAGCAGUGAUCCAAACUCUAAUUUAAGCAUGGCGGGUAAUGAAAAAAAAACCCUUUGUCGAGUAAAAAAACCCUAUGAGGAGGCUUGA